UUUAUAAUCCUACAUGGCGCACUGAGAAAAUUAGAUCUUACGUGGCUCUCUAAAAACUCGGGAAAUUAGAUUAGAUUAUUAAGAAUCAGAAACUAUAUGUAUUAAAACCUUUUGGAAAAAAAAAAAAAAAAAAAAAACUCCAAAUCAUCGAAACCCUAAAUAGAAUUUCAAUCAGGAAUUUAGAUUGAGAAAUUGAUUAAAUUAUGGAGAUGUUCGAUCAGGAAAGGAAAUCAAUUCAGCCAGUACGACCACCGCCCGUAACUCCUCUACCACCAGAUACCUUCCCUCCAACGUCACACAAAGUUAGUAACUCGUUUUUAUUUAUUAUUUAAUAAUUUAUGAUUUGCGAAUAAUUCUCUGUUUUCUUCUGUAGCUCUGUUCUCGUCGCUUUCAUCCUCAUCAUUUGAAGCUUUUGGUCAGCUUGGGUUGAACCACCUUUUGCCAAAGUCGGAUGUACAAAUCCAUAGCACUCCUAUUACAACAGUAGAUGAGUAUGAAAAUGAAAACAGUGUUUGUUGUCAGAAUUUAAACUAUAUACCGCCUCAUAUGGGCUGUGUUUCAGAAGAUGAUGAAAAACCGUAUAAUCGUCAUUGCCAAGUUGCACCUCUUGUUCAAGUGUUUUCAGUGCGCCUUGACACCCACUUCAAAGAUAAAACACCUUAUUGCAUAUAUGGUAAAAUUAAUGUUAUUGAGGUUGGAGAUGGCACAACCUUUACUCUCUAUGAGCGAGAGACCCAUGAUCCCGAGGUCUUACAAAAGAACAAUGCCAUUCUGUCUUUAACGGGACCAAUGCUUGGUGAAUCUCCUGGUUUCAUCUCACAAUCUAGAGGAGGAGCAAUCAUGCAAUUGGCUCUUAGAGAUUCUGUUCGCGAUGUGGAGGUUGUUGGUGGUCAAUGUAGUUUGGGGUCUAUCAUAGAAUAUGAAGAUCAUCAUUAUGACAAACUCCGAACUGCUGUUCUUAAGUGUUUACAUGGGUGUGCAAAAGUGUAUUAUGCAACGGUGCUUUAUGGGGUGAUGUCGAAAAUUCAACUGAAAUUCCUCAUUGAUGGGGAUUAUGGUCGUGACCUGCCUUCAGAUCUUCAUCUCAUUGUGACUGCACAUUAUGGAAAUAGCAAACUGUAUCCAACUCACAAUGAGGAUUCCAACUACUUUGAGAUGCUACUUUUAAAGAGGCCUUUACAUGGCUUGGAGCAGACCAACACCAGUGAGUUGAUCUGUCAACAUGCUGUGGUUGUGCCAGCAUAUUCUUCUCUUAUAGUCGAAGCCAACUUAGUUAGCUCCAGUGGUAAAGGUUUUUGUGGUUCCGUAGAAUUCCCAGCAACAUAUCAUGGUUGUUAUGUUCACAAAAUACGGGUACUCAAUGGUCUUGUCCGAGUGCAAGUGGCUUGGGACUUUAUCAACCCAUAUCAUCGACUCUGCUAAGGGAGAAGUGUCUGGG